AUUUGUAUUUUAUUUUGAAUUUUUGUGGAAACAUUGUCACAUUUUGGUCAAUAACUAAAACUGUCAUGUAUCAGACUCGCAGCUUCCUGAGAUUCUGAGCUGAUUAAUUAUUAUUAUUAUUAUAUGUCCUUUUUUUUCAAAUUAACAAGAAAAAAUGUAUGGCGAAAAAGUGACAUUUAUGGGGGAAAAGUGACACAUUUUCAAGAAAAAUCACAAAUUUACAAGAAAAAUGUGAUUAAGUAAUUCAUUAUUAUAUGUCUUUUUUCCUAAGCUACCUGAGUCUGUCCUACCUACGACUAGCCGUCCGCUCCACAGCGAGCAGGUGGUCGGAUAAGAUAAAUUCAACUCUAACUUCCUUCAGAAACACUGCCUGUUUAAAUGAAUGUUUUUAGCACUUUUCUGCUUUAUCUGCCUAGUUUAAAACGUGUUGGAAGUUACAUGCAAUAAGUUACAUUACUGUGAAAUUAUUGAAAUAGUUACAUUAGUAAUUAUAUUUAAAACAGGGUAACUAGUAAUCUGUAACCUAUGACAUCAUGAAAGUAACCUUCCACACACUAACCAAACCAUCAAAUCAUGACUUAGUUUGACAGACGAUCGAUCAAUUCUCUCAACAUGUAUUCAAUGAAUUAAAAGUGAAAACAAACUCCGAGUUCCUGAUUAUUCUGUUUUAGGCAUGACUAUUAAUUAUUUACCCAAAUUCUGCAGACUAAACAAAAAAACCUUUCAGCAGGCAGGUAGAGAUCUGUUUGUUCUUUUUAAGAAUAAAAUCAGAAAGUCAUUUAAAGCCAAACUACAAAUACAAAACACAGUUUAAAUGUUUUAAUUUUAGAAACAUAAAUCACAUUUUCAGGCCUCUGUGCUGCCUGUCACUGCUGUGUGUCAGAGCUGUUGUUGUGAGAAACAUUAAGAUCACAGUGGUAAAUGUAUAUAAAUAUACAAACUUGAUAUAAUAUACUUAAUUUAUUGUCUAAAUAUAGACUUUUUGCAUUUUAAUAAUUUUUUUUAUUUAUUUAUAAUUUUCAUUGUAUUGACACAUUUACAACACACAAGCUCUCACAGAGAACACAUUAUACAGUAAAAUUUAAAUUAAAAAAAAUUCAAGUAAAGGCAAUAUAAAAAACAAUAUUCAGGGUUAUUAUAUACAAAUGUACAUAAUUUUGUGAAAACAAUCGUAUUCAAAUCAUAAGGAAUAUAUAAAAAAGGAAAAAAAAACAAAGGAGCAAGGACUUCAAAUAAAGGGAAUUAAAUUAGAUUAAAGUGAUGAGAAAAUUGAUUUGAAAUAAUUCAUAAACCAAACAAAGGAGGAUUUACAAUUUUUCUAUUUUCAGAAACAGGUGAUUUUAAAUUGUCAAUAUCAAAAAGGGAUUUUUAAAAAAAAUCAAAUUGUAUCUAUUUCAAGGGAUUUUUAACGCCUAUCCACAGGACAAAACAUGUUCUAAUUCUAAUGUUUCAUCUUCCACAUUACAAAAUGUAAAGGUGAGAAAUUUACAAGAAAAAAAUCACAAAUUUACAAGAAAAAAUUUACGAAUUAACGAGGAAAAGGGGACAAAUUUACAAGAAAAAUCAUAAAUUAACAAGAAAAAAAUUGACGAAUUAACAAGAAAAAUGUCAAAUGUACAAGAAAAAUAAAUCACAAAUUUAUGAGAAAAAAGUGACAAAUUUACGAGAAAAAUUUACAAUUUUAUGAGAAAAGAAAUCACAAAUUUAUGGGGAAAAGUGACAAAUUUCCAAAAGAAAAAAUCAACAAUUUAUGAGAAAAAAGUGACAAAUUUCCAAGAAGAAAAAUCACAAAAUUACUAGUAAAAAAGUUACAAAUUUAUGAGAAGAAGAAUCACAAAUUUACAAGAAGAAAAUUGACAAAUUAAUGAGAAAAAAGUGUCAAAUUUACAACAACGAAAAAAAAUCACAAAUUUACUAGUAAAAAAAUUACAAAUUUAGGAGGAAAAAAACAGUCAAAUUUACAACAAAAAAAACCCACAUUUACAGAAUAAAAAAAAAAUCACAAUUUAGGCGAAAUAAAAACUGUGUCAGCUCUUUCCAUCACAGAUUCUGGACAUUUGUUUACAUAAAGCUCAGAGUUAAGAAACCACAUUGGGUGUGAAUGAGAAAGUGAGAUUGUUUUCUGUCUUCUGUCAGCUCUGCCUCCAACAACAGAAGCUGCACAUUCCUCCACAGAGACAUUUAGAAAGAGAUCCUGUUAGUGAACACAUGAUGCACUUUAUAUUCCACCAACACAUUUCAGAUCACAGGCUGGUCUUCAGGUCCAAACUGUCUUAAUUGCACUGGUGAUAGAUGAGUAGAAGUUUAGUUAGUUGUGUCUGAACUGGCUGCCAAGAAUAUUCACAGUAAUAACGAACAUGGUGUUUAUUCUCCUCAGUAUUUUCUCAGUCUUAAUACUUCAUGUUGGAUGUUUAGAUAACGUUUCAGAGUGGAGACUGGCUGUGUGUGAAAGCAUUAGCACUUUAUGAACUUUAAACUAUGCUGGACUCUUGUGUUUUGAAAAUGAACAUUGGAGAAUUUCUUUUUUUGUGCUUAUUAAUCCAAAACAUUAUUAUUGUUAGAAAUAUAAAAAUAUAAACUAUGCAAAUGUUUGAAACCUGUUAUGAUGCUUCCUCAAUUAAAUCAUGUACAACUCUUUAUCUGUUGUAUUUCUGGGGGUUAGAUUAUUUUAUUGUUUAUAUGUAUUCAUUUUAUUUUUUGAAUUUUUGUUUAUUCAUUUAUUUGUGUUCAUAUUUAUUUUAUUUAUUUUGUUUUCAUGUUUAAUUUAUAUUUUUUUGUGGUUUUAUUUAUUUUAUGUUUUUAUAUACUUUGUUUUAAUAUUCAUUUGUUUUUUUAAAUUUCCUUAUUUUGUGGGUGGUGGCUGUUAUUUAUAUUUAUUUAUUUAUUUAUUAUGUCUUUUUUUUAUUUGAAUUUAUUUAUUUUGUGGUUUUAUUUAUUUUCUUUGUCGUUUUUGUGGGUUUUAUUUUAUUUUGUAGGGGUGCAUGUUUUUAAUAAAUAUUUAUUUAGUGUUCAGAUAUAUUUGUUUGGUAUGUUGUUGUUGUUGUUGUUUCUACAUUUUAUGAUUUUGUUUUUAUUUUUGUAUGUUUAUUUUUAUAUAUUUUGGUUUUAAUUAUUUGGGAGUGCAUGUUUUAUUUUAUAUUUUUAUUUAGUAUUUAGAUAUAUUUGUUUUGUACAUUUUUUAAAUCUAUUUUGUAAUUUUUUGUAUGUUUAUUCUUUAUUUGUUUUGUGUUUAUAUUGUAUUUACUUAUUCAUCAAUAGAAUAAAAAAAACGCUGUCACUGUUGACGUUGGGCGUGUCUACCGAUGACGCGUUUUACGUCACAGAUCAAAACCAAAACAUCUGUUGGCAAGACAACUUGCAGCUAGGUAGUUAGCCACCUAGCUACCUCACAGAAACAGCUAAUUAUUUAAAAUAUUUUUAAUUUCAUCACCACAUCAGUCCGGGUGGUGAAACAGCAGAUACACAGCAGUUUCUGUCCCGUCCCGUCGGCUCUGAGCGUCACGAUAGGGAAGCAGAGUGAAGAAGAGGCAGCUGCUGGCGGCGCAGCGAGCCUGGUGGACAAAAUGUCAGAAAGCCCGGAGAAGAGUGCCUCGGUGUCGGCUCAGGAGCUGAAGGAGCAGGGCAACCGGCUGUUUCUCAGCCGCAAGUACCUGGAGGCUGCCGCCUGCUACAGCAAAGCCAUCAGUCACAGUCCGUGCGUGCCUGCCUACUACACCAACCGGGCACUGUGCUACGUGAAGCUGCAGCAGUACGACACGGCGCUGGCCGACUGCCGCCACGCUCUGGAGCUGGACGGCCAGUCGGUGAAGGCUCACUUCUUCAUGGGUCAGUGUCAUCUGGAGAUGGAGAGCUACGACGAGGCCAUCGGCAACCUGCAGAGAGCCUAUAACCUGGCGAAGGAGCAGCGUCUGAACUUUGGAGAUGACAUCCCCAGCGCCCUGCGGAUUGCCAAGAAGAAACGCUGGAACAACCUGGAGGAGAGGAGGAUCAACCAGGAGAGCGAGCUGCACGCCUACCUCACCAGACUGAUCCUCGCCGAGAAAAACAGGCAGCUUGAUGGUUGCCGACAGAAACAAGAAGACGACGGCAGAAUCCAACACAAUCCAAACGAGAUCCACACAAAACAUGACAAGUUCCUGUCGGACAUGGAGGAGCUGUUCUGUCAGGUGGACGAGAAGAGGAAGAAGCGAGAGAUCCCAGACUUCCUGUGUGGAAAGAUCAGCUUCGAGCUGAUGAGGGAGCCGUGCAUCACGCCCAGCGGAGUCACCUACGACAGGAAGGACAUCGAGGAGCACCUUCAGCGAGUCGGUCACUUCGACCCGGUGACGCGCUCGCCGCUGACCCAGGAUCAGCUCAUCCCCAACCUCGCCAUGAAGGAAGUCAUCGAUGCUUUUAUUUUGGAGAACGGCUGGGUGGAGGACUACUGACCGCUGAUGAGAGACAAGGGAAGUCAAAUCUGACCGAGUCAGACGGUUUCAGAGGGUUUCAGGCUGUUUCUGUGGUCGUUGGUCUGAUUUAAGUUAAAAAAAAAUCUCAAACAAAUCACACGCUAUUAAACUGAAACGCCUCGAUUUUACAGUUUGAUUGUCAGCAUCCUGGAAACUUUACUCCCUGAAAAAUCCCCUAAAGUUAUAAAGUGUUUUAAAGAGCCAAAGAAGAUAAACAAAUACAGAUAAAUGAAUGUAAAAACCGAUAAAAUCAAAGUUAUAGAAUCCAAAUAAAAGCCAAAGAAAACAAAUUAAUUUUCAGAGAAGCUCCACUAGAGGGCGCUGUGGUUUAACCUGAAAACACCACGUUAAUAAAGUAUUAAAAUACUCUGUGACCAGUAAAAGGCAUUUAAAAUUUGACUUAUAAGUUGAAUUGUGCACAAAAAUGUAUGUUUCAGAAAUAUAAGCACUCAUCGUACGGAGUCAUAUUAUUCUAUUUAUUUUUUAUUGUUUUUUUUUCUCAUUUUAUUUUAUUUUUUAUCCGCCCAUUUCCAGACACGUAAAAUGUACGUUGGUAAAUCCUUCUAUACAUUAAAUAAAUAAAUAAUGUAAAUGAAAUAAGAGAGAUAGUUUUAUGGAUAUUAAAAAUCUAAGUAAAGUUAAAAAAGAAUAUUAAAUAAAAUGCAAUUUUCAAUGAUAAAAGUCUAUAAUAAAUGUGAAGACACACGGUACCAUCAUUUUUUUUUUAUUAAUUGUUUGUAUUUUUUUUUCUAAAAGGAGAGGCAUAAUUAUGCAGUGAUAUUACAUACAGCUAAUUUAACCUAUUUUAUAUAUAUUUUUAAUUAAUAGCAAUGCAUCAUUUUUAUUAGUUUGUAUGUUUUGUUGUUAAAAAUCCAAAUUUAAAGAGUAACUUGGAACCAAAACUGUCAGAUAAAUGUGAAAGUAUAAAACGGGAUCAAAUGAAAAUACUGUAAUUGAGUUUAAUGUAGAUUUGAUGAUAAAUCUUAAUAAAGUUCAUCAUGAAAUCCAAACACGCAGCAUUAGAGGAUAAGAAAAGGUUCAGACGAGACCUCGCUGCACUUUUAAUAUAUUAUAUAUUUUUAAAAUAGAUCCUGAAAAAAAAGCACUUUAAGUCAAAUCCUCAAAGUUUAAGGACAAAAUUAUUUAAAUUAUAUUAAAAAGUUCUCAUCAGAUCAUCAUCAAACACAAUAGUCUCCAUCAAAUUCUGUGAAUAUGUAAAUAUUUUUAAUUUUGAAAGUUGGACACAAAAUGUUUCACCUGUGUGAAUCUCAUACUCGACUCUGAUUGGCUCCAGACGAGCUGUGAUGUCUG